UCGAAUCGACUCGCUUGUAUCGGUUGAAAUUUGAGCCGUUUUAACGCAUUUUUACUGAUUUUGGAGUAAUAGUGCCGAACGUCCGCAAUGGCCGAAGACCUGGACGUCGAGGCCAUGCUGGAAGCCCCCUUCCGAAAAGAUAAGUAUUGAUCUGGAUCAAGUUUUUCCGCCACGUUCCUUUGUUAAGUCUGCACGACGGUAAGUCUAGUUCCGGCUAGACGACUGUUAAGUUUCAGCUCCGACAAUAAAACGGCCACCAAACCCUUUGUUUUAGAUCUAUAGGCUUACGAACUACUUAAGUAAUUCCUACUAUAAUCAAUCCAUUUUGACAAUUUUUACGAAUCAUGUUGUCAAAAAGUUGUAACAGUUGUCAAAAUGGACCAAUAUUUUUUGUAAAACGUUAUUUAUAAAAAUGUAUGUUUUUAAAACAACUGGAAGAAGUCAAUGGCAAAAUCAAGGAAAAUGGAGACUCACGGAAACACAGAAGCUCAGACAAGAAACGUCGCAGCUCGAGCAGGAGUCGCCGCAGCCGCAGCCGGUCACGCGACAAGCGCCGAAGCCGCGACAAGGAUCGCAAGAGGAGCAAGAGUCGUGAUCGCGUCCGUUCGAAAGAUCGUCCCGGUCGAGACCGCCGAUCGCGGUCCAGAGACCGGCGUUCACGUUCCAAAGACCGAAGAUCGCGCUCUAAAGACAAGAGAAGUCGAUCGCGAGACAGAAGAGAUCGCCGAGGUCGAAGAAGCCGCAGUCGGGACCGCAGACGAUCGCCAUCACCGGUCGCCGCUAAGCCUUUUGGUCGGCGAAACCGAUCGCCGUUGGGUCUUCGGUCGAAUUCGCCGGUUGAAGAGCUCAGUCCUGAGGAAAGGGACGCCAGAACGGUUUUUGUUAUGCAAUUAUCGCAAAGGAUACGCGCGAGGGAUUUGGAAGAGUUCUUCAGUUCGGUUGGAAAAGUUCGGGAUGUGCGGUUGAUCGUUUGUAAUAAAACUAGAAGGUUCAAAGGGAUUGCUUAUAUCGAGUUCAAGGAUCCGGAAAGUGUCACUUUGGCGUUAGGAUUGUCGGGUCAAAAAUUACUAGGUGUUCCAAUUAUAGUCCAGCAUACACAAGCUGAGAAAAAUCGAAUGGGCAAUUCAAUGCCCAACUUGAUGCCCAAAAAUAUGACAGGGCCGAUGCGGUUAUACGUGGGCUCGCUACAUUUCAACAUAACUGAAGACAUGCUCAGGAGCAUAUUUGAACCCUUUGGCAAAAUAGACAAUAUUCAGUUAAUUAUGGAUCCAGAAACGGGGCGAUCAAAGGGUUACGGGUUCAUUGCGUUUCGUAAUUGCGAGGACGCGAAAAAAGCUUUGGAACAAUUGAACGGGUUUGAAUUAGCGGGUAGACCAAUGAAGGUCGGAAAUGUAACAGAAAGACUAGAUUUACAACAGCAAGGUCCUUCAAUACUUGAUUCCGACGAGUUGGAUCGCUCGGGUAUAGAUUUAGGUGCAACGGGACGUUUGCAAUUGAUGUUCAAAUUGGCCGAGGGGGCGGGAAUGCAAGUACCACAAGCUGCAGCUAACGCUCUGAGUAUAGCGACAGGACAGCCAGUGGUUCCACAAGUCCAAACGAAUUCAACACCACCUAUCGCAACGCAAUGUUUCAUGUUGAGUAACAUGUUUGACCCGGCAACGGAGUCAACGCAGACUUGGGACGUUGAGAUUAGAGAUGACGUAAUAGAAGAGUGUAACAAACACGGGGGUGUGCUACACGUCUAUGUAGAUAAGGGGUCGCCACAGGGAAAUGUUUACGUUAAGUGUCCGUCUAUAGCCACGGCAGUGGCGUCCGUUAAUUCGCUGCACGGCCGAUGGUUUGCAGGACGGGUUAUCACAGCGGCGUACGUCCCUCUAUUGAAUUAUCAUUCGUUGUUUCCUGAUGCUAUGAAUGCAGCGCAAUUGCUAUUGCCAUCCAGUAGGAAGUAAUCAUGUAUUUUUCAUUGUCCUGUAUCAUUAUUAUUUGUAAUAAAUUGCAUCGUGUAUGUAGGCAUUUUGUAACCAUCACAACAAAGUGACUUAGGACUAGGGAGAAAGGGUUAUUUUAAGUCAGACUCGAGAAUGAUUGUAGAGACUACGAUUUAUUGUGAGAAUGUGAGAAAUAAAGUGACUUGUUUAAUUAA